UUUAAUGUUAUUUUUCAUAAGGCAUUUUUGCCUUUAUUAGCAGGAAAGCUGAAGAGAGACGAGGAUGUGAGGAAUAGAGGUUGGGUGCAAUGAAGGAUCAUGGUCUGUAGUUGAUCCAGCAAUCACUGUGAUCUGGACUAUGACCUCAGUGCAUAGGGCACCCUUAAGCUGAUGGCCAACUACUAGCCAAGCUUCAGUAUAAUUCUUAAAAAAUGAUUCAGAAAAGACCUCAGAGAAACUGCUGAUUCAAGCUCUUUUGUGUGUUUUCAAGUCAUUGCAUCUAUCUGUGUGCAUUAAGCAAAACUUAUUUUUACAUGAUAUGGCUUCUCUUGUUCUUUGUAGAAACUUGAGGACUCUGGUUUUGUAGAUGCACGAAAAAAAGAGAGACCCUAGCAACCAAAGUAGUGUAUCACACUCAGUGAUUUAUCAUAUACAGUAAAUAAAGACAGGUGACAAAACCUAUUAAGCAGUCAGAUGAGGAACUGUCAAAUUGACCUUAUUUAUCAAAGAUUUCCUGACAAAGAAAAAGGAGAAAAGUUCAAUGUUUUAUUUCUUUGCUUCAACUUGAUAGUUCUAUCUGCCCCUAAAUACUGCCAAUUAUAGUUAACAACUCUAUUUUCACAUCGACUCCACAGGUUACAGACACAUCUAAAUACAGUUUGUAUUUAUUCCUGCAAUUCUUUGAUCUUGUCUAUUUGUGGCUGAGCUGGUACCAAACGGGCAAGCCGAGUUGGCACAAAACAGAGUGACGGAGUGAACAUCUGAGGGGAUUAACAGCUCGGGGGAGUUUAAAAAGGGACAGCCGGCUGCAGAGAGGAAUCCAACAGCAGAAGACUGAGAGAGACUCAUCAGAAGGCAUCAGGAAACACUCGACUACAGUAACUUAUUAAAAUGGCCGAUGUUGCAACUCCUGCUGACAAGAAGGCUCCACCAAAGUUCAAGCAAAGAGCCAUGCGCACCUUCAAGAGCAAGGCGCCCAAACCAGGCCAGAAAGGAUUUGGUGACGACAUCCCCGGCAUGGAGGGUCUUGGCACAGACAUCACGGUGAUCUGCCCAUGGGAAGCUUUUGGUGACAUGGAACUCAGCGACCUGGCGAAAUAUGGAAUAGUCUAACCCUCCUUUCCUCAAUUCCUCCGCCUUUUGCCAUCAUCACCCCUCAUGUUUUCCAGCUAAAGACUCCACAGCUGAAAAUGCUGUUCUUGUGCGAUGUAGAGAGGAGGCAGCUUUUGAUGACAUAGAGGUUUGACCUGGAAUAAAAUGAUCCAGCACUUGCUCUACGCUCAUGCACUUUAUUUACCCUUUCCAACGAUUUGCCACUUUGCCCUUUUCUACUUUCCCUCUCUUUUGUCACUGAAUCUCUAUUUUCUAAUGACUGACUCCUCUAAUGAAUGGUUAUUUGAACCUUCCACGGUGGAGAAAAGAAAUUUCUAAUUUGAACAAUGACGUAUUAGUUGGUCUGUAUUUUCACCUCUCAAUCCACCUCUUUUCCUCAAAGCUGCUGAUUUUUGUGUAUUAGCUUAAUCAAAUAUAUAUUUUUAUUACA